AUGGGCUCAAAGGGAGGUGUCAGGAGACAUAUCAAUAAUCAACCUGACUGUAGAAGGCAGUGGGAGCUGCUGGUUGAAACUCAAAAAGACAUCAGCGCACCUCAGGCUCAUUUAGGAACAUUAAACCAAGCCGACACCAACAACAACCCAGCAGCGCCAAAACAUCGGAGGGUGACCAUUGAGGAGGUUGAAGACGAGGACCACGCGCAAUAUUUUGAACAAUGUGUUGGCGCCGGCCAAACACUGCGUGAAGGCAAAACCGGCUUUGAGAGGUUUCAGGAGUAUAAGGAGUGUAUGGGCGAGGACAAAUGGGCUCCCUUCGAUGGUGGGGAGGAAUGGGGACUCGCCGAAUGGCUUGUUAAAAACCUCGGCCAGACUCGAACAGACGAGUUUCUGAAAUUACCGAUAGUAAGUUCAAGUUUAGUAUCUUUCCUCCAGAAAGUCGACGAGCUUCCACACGCGACAGCCUGGAGUUGCAAAAAGGUUAAGGUCCAGGGAAAUAAAACAGAUGAGAAGGGCCAGACGCUGCAUGAAGAAGUCGAAGUCUGGAUGCGAGAUCCUGUCGAGUGUGUCAAAGACCUCAUUGGAAAUCCAUUGUUCUGUGAUCACAUGGUGUACACACCUGCGCGAGCAUACAGAGACCCAGCAGGACUUCACCAAGUAAUUGAUGACAUGUGGACGGCUGACUGGUGGUGCGACAAGCAAAAACUGUUGCCGAAAGGUGCGACAAUUGCACCCAUAAUUCUUGCGUCCGACAAAACUUGUCUAUCGCAAUUUCGAGGCGAUAAAUCGGCGUGGCCCGUGUACUUAACCAUUGGCAACAUUGCGAAAGAGAAGAGGUGGCAAACAUCAGCGCGAGCAAUGGUCCUUAUAGGAUACUUACCUGCUGGAAAACUUGAUUGCUUUACUUCUGACGCACGCUCCCUUGCUGGUUACAGGCUUUUCCACCACUGCAUGUCCUUGCUCCUCGAACCCCUCGUUGCUGCCAGUCGAAAUGGUGUUGAGAUGGUCUGCGCGGACUCGUUAAUCCGUCGAGUCUUCCCCAUCCUUGCUGCUUAUGUAGCCGAUUUCCCAGAACAAUGUCUUGUUGCGUGCUGUAAAGAAAAUCGGUGUCUGAAGUGUUUGAUGCGGGACCCUGAGGUGACAAAAGAUAUAUUAGAGAAGCGGAAGAAUGGUCAGCAUCCAAUUCAAUUCGACGACAAUGGGUUACGCGCCGUCUUCAACCCAUUCUGGGCAAAUCUCCCUCAUGCCGACAUCUUUCUUGCCUUCAUGCCUGACCUCCUCCACCAGGUCCAUAAAGGUGUCUUUAAAGACCACUUAGUUAAAUGGUGUCUUGAGAUUGUCGGUGAAGAUGAAAUGGACUCACGCUUCAAAGCAAUUCCAGAUUACCCUGGACUUCGGCACUUCAAGAAGGGUAUCUCGACUGUGAGACAGUGGACGGGUACAGAGCAUAAAGAAAUGCAGUGUGUCUUUGUUGGUCUGCUCGCUGGUGCUGUCCCAAGUGCGCUUGCAGUGUUUCACGCCAACAAAGACACCCUGCAAGAGCUUGAAGUUCACGAACACUUCAACAUUCCUAAAUUACAUCAAAUCUCACACUUUGUUAAGUCCAUCACUCUAUUUGGUUCCACUGACGGUUUCAACACUGAGCUUCCAGAACGACUACACAUUGAUUUCGCAAAAGACGCCUAUCGUGCCAGCAACAAAUGCGACUACGAGGAGUAA